UAGUAGUGAACUCUGACCUUUACCUAGUGUCACCAGUGUUCACCUUUUGCCAUAGUUGCUCACGCACCUUCUGUGCACGCUCACACACACUUAGGCACACACACUUUUUUUCCCCCCUGAACCAUUUAGGAGUAAGCUGCAAGCAUUGAGAUGUUUCACGCUUACGUACUCCAGCCCGCAUCGCUUAAGGGCCAGGGUAUUUUCCAGAGCACCCAGGAUAAAAUCACAUUCAACACACACAACAUUGAUACAAUACCAUUAUCUAAUCAAUACUCUCUAGUAAACCUUGCCUAAUUGCCCAAUAACGGCCUUUAUGACUCCUUCCCCCUCUCUCUCCCCGGAUCCCAUCAAGGACCAUUCACUGUGUUCAGUUGUUAUGCUGUAUUAUCUUCUUUUCUGACUGGCAGGAGUUUGGGGCUCUGGCCUUUUUUUUUUUCUCUGAAGUGGAUUUUCAUUUUCAUUUCAGUUAAAAUGGCUGACGCUUCUCUCAACUCCUGAGCCAGGAGGCGCUUGAUAGGAUGGAGGGAACUCAUGCAUUCAAAUUCGGGCCCUGUCACUUCUUAGCUCCUUGGCCUUGGGCAGGUUACUUAGCAUCCCUGAGUCGCAGUUGUCUUAUCUAUCAAAUGGGAGUAAUUCUUACCUUGCAGGCUUGUUGCAAGGACUAAAAUUAAACGAGACAAAUGUGAUGAAUGUGCCUGACGGUGUGCCUGUCCCUUGGAGAACGCUCCAGCAACAGCAGUAAUUAUCAUUGUUCUGCCAUGUAGCCUGGCUUCAUAGAGCAGGAAGGAGCUUUGGAUCAGGUUUGAACUUGGGUUGGUGACCUCAGGAAGAACUCCUUAUCCCCAGCUCAUCUCCGGAAGAAUGAUGCCACGUCCUGCAGACUCCCUGACUCGCCAGAGCUGCCAUUAGACCUGUUUUGCUCAUGCUGGUGGAACAUGGUUCGAGAAUGCUGAGCCUGGCUCUGGAUUGAGGAGGCUUCAAUGUGGAAUUUAUUAAUUAAGGCAGUUGCUCAUGAGGCCCCAGAGUCCAGGAGGUUGCAGCUUAAUUACCGAGAGCAGAGCUUGUGGAAAUUCUCUCCAGUGCCCUAGUUUUGAUGUCGCUGAGGGUCUGAGCUGCCGCCUGGUACGGAGCUGCAGACCGGGCUCGGGCCCGCCUCCCUCUCCUUGGCCCUGAGUGCUUUCUACCCAUUUACACGUAUCCUGGAUAGCAGUGUCGCAUAGUGGUUCAGAACUUGGACGAUCUGGGUUUGAAUCCUGCCUCAGUGCAGAGUAGGACAGACUGGCUGAGUGAUCACUGGGUGAUCUCUGCAUCUCCGUGUCCUCAUUUGUUGAACCUUAACAAGGAUGUUUGCUCUGAAGCCUGAAUGAUUUAUGUACCUGAAGGGGUGAGCACAGUACUUGGCCAAUAGUUAGAAUGUGUGUCAACUAUUUCUUUAGAGGAGUUCUCAACCUGGGGUGAUUUUGCCUCCCAGGGGACACAAUGGCAACGUCUGGAGACAUUUUUGGUUGUCACAACCAGGAAGGGGCUGCUCCUGGAGUCUAGCGGAUAGAGCCCAGGGUUGCUGCUAAAUAUCCUACAAUGCCCAGGACAGUCCUCACAACAAAGAAUUCUAAAUUCUCCAUCGUGCCAAGGUUGGGAAACUCUGCUUUAAAGCACCCCCGGUGAUUCAGGGCGGCGUGUGGAACAUGGAGGUGGGGUCCUGCCCUCCCCGCCGACCCCAUAACUCUUCACUCCUGAUCAUUCCUUUGAGCCAGUUGGGGGCCGAUGGGUGAACUGGGAAGGAAAAGGGAGGAAAGGAAGCUGGGUAUGUUAAGCCUUUGAAUUCUUACUGUUUAGUCUUAUUCCCACCACCCCCCAUUCUAUAACAAAAAUACCCCUUACUCGCGUUGUCUAUUAUCAUCUUGUGAUCUUAUCAUUAGAGUAACUAGUGUUUAUUGAGCGUUUGCUGUGUGCCAUGUACUAUGCCUAGUGCUCUCUGUUAUCUUAUUUUCACAGCCCUGAUAGGCAGGUGCCAUUAUCAUCCCCAUUCUACAGAUAAGGAAACUGAGGCUUAUUGAUGGGAAGGCUCUAAGCUGUCUGAAAUUCAACCCCUGGUCCUUUUCCAAAACUGUUCCACCUGCAUCUCUCCCAUCUUGGUUGAUAGGAGUGCUGCCUUCAGUUGCUCAGCCCCCAGAACUGGGGGUCCCCAUCCCAUGUACCUGCCCCCACUGCGUGCGGCACCCACUGGCCCUCCUGAUGUCCCGUCCACUCCUUUUGCCUGGAUUCCCAUCACAGCCUCCCCCUGCUUCUGCUCUCAGCCCCCCACCUCCUCUCUGUGUCUGAGUCAGGGUGGACCUGCCAACACUCAAGUCAGGCCAGGCUACACCUCUGCUUGCUGCCCUUUCUUAUAGGUCCAGGUCAGGUUUCCCAGAGGCCUCAGUGCCCUGGGCCCCUUGUCCCCGUGCGCGUUCCCUUCCUGUGGCCUUUCUUGCUCUUCCUCCAGCGCACCCCACCCUGGGGCCUCCGUCCAGCUCUGCUCUGGGUUCCCACGGCUCACUCCGUCACCCCGUUCCAGUCUUUGCUCAGGAAGGCCCACCCGGCCACCGCACGUUCCUGAUCCCCUCACCCAGCUAGGUUUUUAUCCUAGCACUUCUUGGUCACCUUCUUCCAUCCACACUAUAUUAUUUCCCAUUGGUUGAUUUUUAUUUUGUUUUGUCUGCUCUCCCCUCUCACCAGAGUAUGUAGGGACUUUUGACUGUUUUUUCGCUGAUAUAUCCCAAUACGUAGUAGGUGCUGAAUACAUUUGUUGAUUGAAUGACUUCCCCGUGGCCACCUGGCUGGUAAUGGGGUCACCAGGAUGCCACAUCUUCACCUUCAUGCGUGUUGCUCCGUCCUCCCCACCCCGUCCAGGGCAGCAUCUCCCAGAUCUGGCUGCUCACCACGUUUUGACUCUGUCUCCAGAACACUUUGCAGAUGUCCACUGUAGGAACAACUCUAUCUGAAGGGGUUCUGCCCUACUUGCCAGCCCCCAUAGGCUUCUCCGUGGCCUGUGGAGUCCAGCCCUAGCUCUUCAGCCUGUCCUCAGGGCCCUUACCAGCAGGCCUUCUAUGCCCCUGCCUGCAGCCACCGUGCCAGUCCACGCUCUUACCCAGCUCCCAUCCUGCCCUCCCACCUGCCAGCAUGCCCCCACCCUUCCCCUCACCGUCCCUUCCCUGUCACCCCCCAGCGCAGGCCCUGGCUCCCUCCUGGUCCGGCAGGAGCCUCCCCUCCAGCUCUGCCCCAGAGUCUUCUUCCCACUGAUGCCACAGUGGUCUUGUGAAGCUCAGACCUUACCUGAGGACCCCCUGCUUCAGCGCCUCUCCUCACCCCUCUCUGAGACCCCUGGGGUCCAGUACCAGCUCACCUUGACACCUCUCACCCGACACCUUCUUCUUCCUCUAGGUUUUCCAAAGACUAAAUCUUCUCUGGAUGCCUUCCCGCAGGGCUGGGUCAGACUCCCAGCUGCUUGUCCUCGGGGCACCGUGCACUUACCCUUUGUGUCUGCACUUAUCCCAGUGUCUGUGGGUGCGCAUACCUGGGUGUGACUCGCCCGGAGCCCCUCAUCACAGGCAGACCACGGCUGUUUUGCUCAGCUGUCUAUCUUCGAGGCCUAGCACAGGGCCUGGCAUGUAAUAGACGCUCAGUAAUCGUUCAGACAACAUCCCAGUGCCUCCAGUGCCCUUCUCCUUCCUCUCUGCCAGCAAACUCCUAUUCAUCCUUUGAGACCUAGCUCCAGUUUCCUCUCCCCGGAGCUCCUCUGCGUUCUCGCAGAGCUUCGCACAUUCCUUACUCUGCCACUUACUCCCCUGGGCGCAGGCCCCGGCCUUUCCCUGCUGCUACGGAGCUGCUCGGGGGCGGGGGGCCGGCGCGAUACGCGCAUCUGACACUCUGGUGGUGUUUGUGUCUCAGCCCGACCUACGUCCUUGGCUCGUCGUUGCUGUUUGUGUUGUUUCCCGUUUGCUUUGUGUAGUGUGAUUUCCUCAGCAUCAUGGUCGCUUCCUGGAAGGAGGUGUCACAGCCCCACCUUUGUAUCUCCUGUUCCCUGAGCCUGACACAGGGCUGGGUACCCCAAGAAAGGUUUUAGUGAAUCCUUCUUGAGUCAGUGUCACGUCUACUUCAGGUUCCAGGGCCCGUGGCAGCUUGAGAGGCACCUUGACACUCUUUUUCUCAUUCUGGACCAGCUUUAUAAUUUGCGGGGCCCCGCGCAGGGCCCCUUGUUCAAAAAUGAUGAAGCGUUUCAAGACUGUGAUAGUAGAGCUCUAAACCAAGGAUGGGGCCUUCUAGGCCUCAGCUCAUGAAGCCUGCCCUGAUCUCAUUGUAUCCAAUGAGGGAAGACAUGGUAGAGGUCAUGAUUUCCUUUUUACAGAGGGCAAAAUGAAGGGCCCAAAGGGCAGUGACCAACCUCAGGGUGCACAGCUGAUCGGCAACAAAGCAGAACUGAAAACAUGCCAGCUCCUGGAGCAUGCUUACUUCCACUGGCUCAGGGGCCCCCAGGACUUCUGAGCCUCAGUUUUCUCUGUAAAAUGGGGACAUUGACCUGGUCAUAAAAUGGCAACUAGAACAGCUGGUCGCAAAUCCCCGGACAGUCCCAUCAGGAACAGCACUGCAGCCUUUGGAUGCCUUCCCCUUAAAGUCACUAAUGCAAAGGUACUCUCUGCUUCUUGGAAGGACCUGAGUCCUGUAGACAGUAGGAGGCUAAUUGGCUGUUGCGGUAGCUGAAGAAAUUAAAGCCCUCAGAGGUGGGAGAAGGCUGUCUCUUCUCAUCUCUUUUUGAAGGAAUGUGGGGACUUGGGUGGAAGGUUCCCCAGGGAGCCUUGGUAUUUUGGUGCUUUGAUAUCUAGAGGAAUAAAAGAGCAAUUAAUCGCUAAAGAUGCUUGUUCCCGUAGGGAUGGCUGUUCCCGCAGUCUGAAGGUGGAGGGAGUGUCCCCAUAGGGGCAGUCUGAGGGCAGAGGGAGUGGCAGGGGUGGGUGACAGUUCCUCCAUCCGAGGGCCCUUGUUGCUUGAAGAGAUACGCAGACCAGAGCCCCAGAGGGUUCGAGCUUUUGAAAUCUCACUUUCUCCGGGAAACCCAUUUUCUUUAGGGCCCCGCCCCGACCACGAGUGAGCGUCUUUCGUUGCCGAAAGACAGUGGAAGAGGGGUUUCCCAGCUGUCCUUGGUCCCGCAUCUCCCGCAGAACAGGUUUCUCAAAGUGUCAUCCUCAGACCUCUGUCCUCACAGCAGGGCUGAGAGUUGGGAGUCCCCCUGUUGGAACCAGGGGCUCCGAGAUCAGUGCACACAGCGGAGGAGGUGGCCGGGCUGGUGCGGUGGGCACCGCUCCCUGGUGCCCCCCACCUGCCUCCGCCUGUGCUCCUGCCAGAGUAACCUGCACGGGACCUCAAUGAUGAGGCUGGGCGGCAGGGGUGAAAGAGAAGACGGUGUUCUUUGAUCCCUGCAAGAGUUGUGUUAGGGGCCGGGAGACAUGCGGGCCCGCCGGUAGGUUGUAAAUGACCUGCAGCUUUGUUUUAUGUGCAUGGGGGGGCGGUUAGUUUAUGCUUACACGUCCAGCUACAGAUGUUCACUAGGCACAGGACCGUCAGAAACGCACGUCUGAGCGCAGAGCAGGUGGAGAACCGCGGUGCCCGUGCACAUGCCCGGCUCAGGUUCUGUGUGGUGGCUGGGACGCCUUCUUGUGCAGGUGCAGGACCUGCCCGUCAGCUGCCUGGAGUGACUCACCUCUGGGGCUGCGUCUCCGAGCGCAGCUCUCAGUUGGACUUGGUGACUAAGCCGAGGCAGGAGGGUGUGUGGUGACCUGCUUCAGCUGGAAGUGGCAGGGCCCCACCUUCCUAUUUCUCCCCGGCCACAGCCCGUCCAUCACAGUUGAGCAGCUGUUUGCCUGAAGUUAAUUUCCAGAGGCAGGAGUCCCCAGGGCUGGCCAGGGAAUGAACCGCGAGGGGGCUCCCGGGAAGAGUCCGGAGGAGAUGUACAUUCAGCAGAAGGUCCGAGUGCUGCUCAUGCUGAGGAAGAUGGGAUCAAAUCUGACGGCCAGUGAGGAGGAGUUCCUGCGCACCUACGCGGGGGUAGUCAACAGCCAGCUCAGCCAGCUCCCCCAGCACUCCAUCGACCAGGGUGCCGAGGAUGUGGUGAUGGCGUUUUCCAGGUCGGAGACGGAGGACCGGAGGCAGUAGUGGUGAACCCCUUGGAACACCCUGGAAGCUGGCAAGGGCCAAGAGAUCUGUGAGGACCUCGGCCAGCCGAGUGGCAGCAGAUCACCUUCCCGAUGCCCCCGCCCCUACACCCCCACCCCGCCCCACUCCACCGUCACUCAGCAGGGCUGGCCUCGAGGGAGCCACCGGUGGUGCAGUUACAAUUGGCUUAAGGGGACGGACUCAUGAUUGGCUGCAGCAAGAAACCCUUUUAUUUUUAAAUCUUGACCAACAGAAACCUUUUAUUUUUAUUUCUGACUUUUUUUUUUUUUUUUUAAUUUGCGCCUCGGUAUAUGGCUUCCCAGGAAGCUCUCCGAGAUCUGGUGCUUUAUUUAGGUCACUUUUUAGGAAUGUGAAGAGGCCCGAUUGGCUGCUUAAACUGGAAGAGGAUUUUGAUUGGCCGGCUAGUGGGAAACGGGUUUUUUUCUUUGAUUGGCUGCAGGUGUUCUGCUGAUAGCAACAGCUUCUCUCUUUUGAAUGCUGAAAACAGGGUUCGGGACAUUGGUUGUUAUAUUUGACUUGAAAAGAAAAAAAGAAAAGAAAGAAAGAAACCAAGUGCGCUUUGCAAUAUUUAUUACACAAAGAGCUUGCUGCUGCUUUCCCAUGUUUUGUUUGUGUUUGCAUUUGACUGGUUUUUGAUACGUGUGUUUGGGUUCUCAUUGGCUCGUCCAGGACUCCCGUUGCCAUGGGCUCUCCCCCCACUCUGCCGCGCACAGUCCCUCUCCAGACGGGGACCCACCUGGAGAGUGCAUUUGCUUUAAUGACCACACCUGGCUUCCCCAGCGGGGGGACCCCCAAGACCUCAUGCAGGGUCUACAGCUGGAAAGCGGAGCCCCCAAAGAGGUUUGUGCCGUCCAGAACUCGCAGACCGCAGCUUAGAGGUGACCAUUAGGCAGGAUUUAUGUGCGUCACUUCCAUGCGUUGGCAACCAGCCAGCUCCCUGGGGGCGGGGUGGGGGGUUGGGGGGGGUGGAGGAUGGAAUUGCUGGGCCUCUCCAGCCUGCCCAUGCCGAGCACAGGAGCACCGCACUGGGCGGCUCUGUCUUUUCAGCUCUUCCCUCCAGAUCUACUUCCUGAGGCCUCAUCUGGGGCUCCUCCUGCAAAGGGCAGGAGCUGCUCCUGGCUGUGAGACCCCACAGUGGAGCAGAACUCCCUGCCUAGGAGCCCGGAACCCUCACAACGCUUGGCUCACAAGGCCCGGGAGGCCUUUGGCUCUAAACCCCCAGCCCCGACCUCCGCCAGCCAGGCUCCCAAGGUGCCUGCCGCUGGGCCGUAGGCCCUGGCCAGCACUCGGAGUUCUCGGAUCCCAGGCCUGCGCCCCUCACUGCACCGCCUUCAGAAGGGUCUCUCUCCAUGUCAGCCUGGAAUGGACGGAGUCAUUAUUUAUGAAGUGCCAUCUGAGACAGCUGGCUGGGCCUUCGCUGAGCAGGUCCCACCAGGCUGGCCCUCAACUCAGGUCCCUGGAAACACAUUGCCGAGCAGCCGUAUGUGGAGGGCUGAAAGAACCCCGGGUCUCUCCCACCUGUCCUCCCCCUUCCCUUGGGGGUAGUCCUCCCCCUGCCCUUCUCCCUGUGUCUCUCACCAGAGUGGAACCCGGGGGGUGGGGAGGUGGAGAAAGAUGUAGGCCUCAGGGAUGGGGAGCCUCCACGCUCCUCCUGAGAUAGUAAAUGGCUGAGGCCCUCUUUUUGCCCCAGGUAUCCAGAGCCAGGGGAAGACUCUUGGAGCCGAAUUUCCCCCUUCUCAGGGCUGGGGCUUCAUGGAUCACAGGAGCUGCCCUGGGACCAUGUGGGCGGUUCAUGCUGUGCUCUGAGCAUCGUCUGGGCCUUUGCCCCAGAAGGACUUGUGUAUCACAGCGUAGAUGGCCCUGACCUCCUCCACACACGGGCCCCUGGCCCUGCUUAGCUGACCUGGUUAGGUUACCCUGCAAAGACUGUUGAUCCCCCAGGAACGAGGACCGUGGGGCUCCAGCAGGGGCCUGAGAGCAUCUUCUUCCCGGAGAGGUGGUGCGUGUGUGCACUCACACACACGCUCCCAGUCCCGAGUCCUGCAGCUCCAGUUGAGCCCCUGGGGAAAAAUGAGCUUUUUCCCAGCCCCCUCCCCCCAGGUUAUGACAUCUGUCACCAGGUGCCAAUGCCGUGUUGCCAUUUGCCCUCUCUUUGUACCUGUAGCUCCCACAAAGGGUCCAUGUCCUGGCCAAUGGUGUGUUCUCUGCCCCAGCCUGCCCUUGUCAAGGUCACGGGUGUCCCUGUUGUAACAGCAAUGACCCCGAUCUGUCUUGUCGUCUGAACGGGAGAGGUGAAGGUGUUGCUGUGGCUCCAUAUUUCGACUAAAAAUAUAUCUGUUGGAGAAAAAAAAUUAACAAUAAAGAUUUUUAAUAGCUUGG